GACAACUAACGAAAUAAUUUGUCAAAUGGAUGGAAAUCGUGAAUUAAUUUUUGUUUAUAAUCAGUUGUGAACUGCCAAUUAUUAAUUUUAGUUUUUUAGUUAAAUAUUGAUGUUUCAUAUAUUUAAUCGGACAAUAUUUUAGUGAUAUUUGGCACUGGCAUCUCUUUAUAUCCCUUGGGUAACCUUAAAUAAAUGUGUAGUAAGGCCGACGGUUUUUUAGAGAUUUAAUUUAUAUUUCAAUUGUAAAUAUGGAUCCUCAUAGUGAUUCGUCGUUAAGAAACCCCCUUCGGUUAGAUGGUGAAGUUGAAAAAAGCAGUAACUGCAACGGAUCUGCAAAGCAGAAAAAUAUUAAUGAUAACGACGAAAAUGUGUUUACAUCUGCGUCGCACGCAACAGAUUCCACUUCGAGCACACAAAAAGGACCCUCAUCAAAACACAUUAAUUAUUCUACUAACGAAUCGACUCCACCGUCCAGCAGGUCAAGUGAAAACAGUUCGGAGCGCAACAAAAACGUGAGCGGUAGCAAUCACAGUUCAUAUAGGAACAAUUCAUUCGCUGAUGUUUCAGAAGCUGCAAGUAGUAGCAAAACUGAUUCUAAUUGUUGUGACGGUGAUCUUCAAGGUCCGCAGCGGUACAAAGUGUGUGUAGACAAAGCCAGCAACAUCUGCAAUAUGCCAUCAACAAGUGGUAAUAACAGAGACACAGAAAACGUCAAUUGUAGGGAAAACAGGAAGAGACCUUCUAGUCUUAAAUUAAAUAAAACUAAUUUGGAUGAUGAAAAUAGCUCCAGUGACACAGGCAAUGAUGAUUACUCCUUAGGCUCAGAUGAUGGCUGCAUUUACACAUACAGAGGUGGACAACAUUUAGCUGAUUUACCAAGUUCAUUCUUCAGUUUAGAUAUGGGUCUACCUUUAGACAGGCAUUUACCAACACCACCAAAUUAUCAAGCACCAGCUCCAGCUGCUAGGGACGGAUCACGAGCAUCAAGCCCUGACAUGGACUUUUUAGAAAUGGAUUUUGAUCCAGGACCUUCCUGUGAGGUAGAUACUGGUGAUGAAUCUACUCCUGAUGCUGAUUUGGAAGAAGCUAGUAACAUGCCAGAAGAAAAUGAGCCAGUGAUCAAAAGGACAUCCCCAGAAUAUUUACCUGGACCUAGUUUUAAACCUCCAGUUCCUGUGCCUAUCGCUUCUGGGUCCCGUGAACCUGAAGUUUGUUAUAGUGUGCCAUCAACAAGUCGUGGAUUAGUUUCAGGCCAGGGAGAUGUAAAGGAAGAGCCUAAAAGUAGGCCAGCAGUUUAUGGACCUUUUAUAUCACAUGUGAAUGCUCAAGGGGAGAAGCUUGUGGUACGCAGGACGAUGUCACACUGGCCAACUAACACUCCUGUGAAUUUGCAUGUCUCCAGUGGAGAUCUAGUAUCACCAAGGGAAAUAUUGAAUUAUGAUGAUGAACAUACAGAGGGAUCUUUCACUUAUCAAAUAAAUCAAGGGGAGCGACCAGCGUUUGACACUGUUACUAUGUCAUCCACUGUGUAUCACCUAAAUAUGGCCAAGAAACUGAUAGGAGAAAAGGAGAAAUUGGAAGCUGAAGAUAAGGAACAUGAUACAAAAAUGGUUUUUGAACCUCACCCUGAAGCACCUGGUUCAAGUACAACAGAGACGAGAUGUGUGGAACCUCCACGAUGUAUGAUAUGGUCAGAGCGUGAAGCUUGUGAACGCCAGGUGACACAAAUUGGCACCUCGGCCUGUGGUGCAACUGCUGUAGUUAAUGUAUUUAUUGCGCUGGGAGUGCCAAUUAAUUUAGAACAAAUCAAUGCUGCUGUCGGCACAAGGCAAAGAGCGAAUAAUGCCCCUGUACCAAGAUAUCUACUAUCGCGUGCUGUGGCGGGCUGUACAGCCGCGGACCUUGUGAAUGGCAUUCAGAAGGCGUCGGACGGUUUAGUCACGGCCAGGUUCUUCCCCACCCAUCCUGAACGGGCGGUCUCGCUGAGCCAUUGGCUGGCUGAUUGGAUUGCACUAGGAGCGGUGCCAAUUUUGACCUUAAAUCUCCAAGUGGCCUGCGAGGGAGAGAUCCCAGACGCUUGGCACCAUCAAAUGGUGUUCGGCGUGUCUCCGCGAGGGGUGUUCCUGUGCAACCCCGUGGAGUGUGUGAGGGAAUCCACGCUCUGGCCCAGGCUGACCUCUUCCUCCGUGUUGUUAGUGAGGACGAGGGACGUGAUAGCAAGGUUCACCCCCGAAACUGAUUUGACCCCGCUCAUGUUCGUACCUGACCGACGCUUCCAUACUUUUAAUGUUCUUGGCCAAGUGGCAAAUGUGAUCAGAGAAUGGAGGGCUUCUGGAUGGUCUGAGCAAGGUACUCGGACCCACCACAUCAGAAUACCAGCAGCUUACCAAGCGGGCGUCACAGUUGCAGCAUUAACUGGUACUGAAGCACAUAGAAGGCUUAUGCACAUACCACAAUUGCCUAUAGUCAACCCACAGGAUCCUGCAUGAACUAAGUAGGACUACACUUGGUAAGUGAUUCCCACAUGAUAGCAUUAAGCGGUAUUUAGCAUACAUCACAAUGUAUAUUCUAUGAAAAUACAUGAUGUAUGUACUUGCAGCAAGUUAUAAGUAGAAGGCAGUCAUGCCUCGGUGUUUCAAAUUGUGAUUAUUUAAACUUGUGUUAAUUAUAAAUGUUUUCAGUUCACCAGAAAAAUAAAUAUGUUUUUUUCUUUUAUUAAUUAACGGACUUUGUAAUGUAAUUAAAUUUAUUCCUGCAACUGUAGUAUGACUCAAUGUAUCAAUCUGUGAUCUUUUCCUACUUGUUCUUUUUUCUAAAAUUAUCCAAUUUUAUUCACUAAAAGACAUUACUAUUAACUGUUAAUUAUAGUGAACAUUAGUGUUUAAAUAUAACUAAACAUGUAAUUAACUAAUAUAUUACUAACGUUAUUUCUGAGUCUGUACAAACCAUGCACUCAAACUAUAUUAUAAUUAGAUGGGAAAGUGAACCAAAUAUCAUAUUACACUUUAGAGUUCACUGUUAUAUUAAAUUAUUGUUGCAUUGAUAGCUUAGUAAACAUACUAAUUAUCCUUUUUAACAUUUAUAUUCACUGAAAAAUUAAAUGUUUUGCUAUUUAAUAUUGAAUAUUAUAGUAUAGGAAACUGAAAAUAAUUAAAUUGAAGUACACUUGCAUAAACCUCCGAAAUAUUUGUGUACAAAUACAUUUUUUGUAUUUAUAAAUUCAUUAUGCUGCACUAAAUUAACAAUGCUGUGAGCAUCUGUCCUGUUUUGUUACUUACCACUAAUUUUAUAAUACCUUCGUAUUGUUCUUUUAUAAUUUAUUUUAAGUCUUAGUAAUGUCGCUCAAAUAAUUGUUAAUUUCAUAUGUACUAUCCGGUCUGAAAAUAAAAAUAUAUAAUUUGAUAUAAUUUUGAACGCUGCCAAUUAACUGUCGUAAUGUAUUCAUUAUUUUGAGACAUGAUUGUACUAAAUAGUUUAUCUUAUAGUGUUCUGCGUUUUUGUCAAUGGAAGUUAUGUGGCAUUGGCUAAAUUUUAUUAGCCACUUAUAAUAGUUGUAAAUAAAUGUAUGUAAGAAAUACGUUACUAUAUUAGUCAAUUGGUGCUUACUAGUCAAAAUUAUAUUAGCACUUAUUCUGUAAUCUUUCCAUACACAUAAUUACUUAUCGAUGUAAAUUGCACUUGAUGCUAUAAUGACACAGGGCCGUCUUCAGGGAUGUAAGUUAGGGACUUCUUAAUUUUAAUUCGAAGUCUUUAUUCUAGAUUUGGUAUUCCGGAGUACGGAAAAUGAUACUCUAAUCAAUUACGAACUCUUAGUCAACCAGUGAGAUGAUAAUUUAUUGAAGUUGUUUACCUCUGAUUUUAAAUAAUUUCUUGAAGUUGUAUACCUCUCUUCAUAUACGUCGUAGGACUUCUAUGCUGCUAUCCACUAUGUUAGAUCUUUAAUAACCGCUAAAAACCAAUAUACUUACAUUAUUUAUUUGUCUUACAAUAUGCUACAAUCAUAAAAACUGGAACAAGUUUUGUACUACCCAAGUCUUUAUAAAUAAAACAUUUUAGCUAAAAAAAUAUAAUUCAAUUUACUCUUAUGGUAGGUAUAUUGUGUACUAUUAAUACAAAUCAAUAUAAAGAAUGAGAUGGUUAUGAGCAUGAACUCGACAUAGAAGAUUGAAAUUACAAUAUUUAAAUAAACAUACCUCUACUAUCUGAUCGGAAUGUGUGUGUUAGUGUUUUUAAGCAAUCAUCUCACUUGGUACAAACUUGCAUGUGUACCUUCCUCUCCUAUACCAUAGCAUGUUGUGGAUUCAGUCAUAGGGUAUUUAUGAUUAAGUACUGUCAUUAAAGGGUCAGUGUUACUGCCCUUAUGUAACUCGGUAUAGAAGCAAUGUAUGUAUAACAUUAUAUUUUUGGAAUAUAAUAUGAUAGCAUA